AUGUCGUCUCGUGAAGGGAUCAAUCCCUUGCGGCCUUACUAUAUCCCUCCCUCUGGCUUAUCGCCCGCUUCAAAUGCGCCGCCUGAAGUGGCGUCGCCGUCAUCCGCCCAGGUGUUUGGCACCUCCGCGCGUGAUCUCAUCCCGGACCUAGACUAUGCCGAUUAUCUGGAAGCAUCGCCCUCCGUUUCCGACUGGGUCCGCGAUGCCAUGAACCGAGCGCUUGUGCGCUACAGCAAGGUUCUCACUGCACAGCCAUUCGAUGUCGCCAAAACUAUCUUGCAGGUGUAUGUUGUACCGGACGCCAUAGACGAACAGUGGGACCGGAACUCGACACCGGGUGAUGAAGGAAGCUCUUAUGACUCGGACUCAGAAUCAUCCGAUGACGAAACCAGCUACUUCACCUCAGCAGCCCCUCCAACCCCAACGCCGAGUACACCUCGAUCUCGGAGAUCACGCCACCACCUCACCGACCGUAGUGGUUACAUUCGACCAGACGCUGCCGCACAGUCAAAGCAUGCCUUGAACCUGAAGAACACCAACUCAUUGACCGAAGUUCUAUCUCAAUUAUGGUCUUCCAGUGGCCCAACAUCCCUCUGGAAAUCCUCCAACGCCACAUUCAUUUACUCCCUUCUCCUGCCGACACUGAAUACCUUCAUCCGCAGUCUUUUGUCGGCAAUCGUCGGCUUGCCAGAAGAUGAUAUUUCCUCGUCGAUGACAGCUGACAUCCUGACUGCCUCGUCUCCCCUGGCGACGCUGGUCCUCUCCUUUAUUUCAUCCUCGCUAUCCGCCCUGAUUCUCGCUCCUAUCGACACCGCUCGUACAUUCCUGAUGCUCACACCAGCCACCCACGGCCCGCGGUCCCUCGUCCGAGCCAUUCGACAGCUCCCCACACCCAACUGCACGAUCCCCUCGCACCUCGUCCCAAUCACCGUGCUUCACUCAAGUCUCCCCAACCUCAUUAUGACCUCGACCCCACUCUUCCUAAAAUCAUAUCUAUCCAUCGACCCACUCUUGAACCCAAACACAUGGAAUCUCUGUGCUUUCCUUGGAUCAGGCCUUGAGCUCGCGGUGCGAUUCCCACUCGAAACCGUGCUCCGCCGUGCCCAAAUUGCUACAUACACAUCUUUAAGUCUGCGCCAGAAGUCAUCUGGCGGUAGCAUUAGUGCAGCAUCUAUUGAUGCAUCUGAUGUGGAAACUAUUGUGCCUACCCCGCGCACUUAUCGAGGCAUUAUCGGCACCAUGUGGCAUGUUGUAUACGAAGAAGGUGUCAGCUCAACACCAUCUGACAGAGAGCGUGCACAGAAGCUCCUUGGCCGGCGCCCCUCGCCGCAACGGGCUGAGAAGCGGCAACAGGGCCAGGGUAUCCAAGGCUUAUAUCGUGGUUGGCGCAUUGGCAUGUGGGGUAUCGCAGGCAUCUGGGGAGCUUCCCUGUUGGGCGGAAUCGCUGGUGGCAGCGAAGACGAAAUGACAACAAGAGAUGGCCACGGUCGUUCCAGUGGUGGACGCUUCUGA